CUGCACCCUGUUAAUAUGUGGGAUUUCCGGUGUUAUGGCGUCCACCGGCAACAUUGUUACUAUGUGAGAGGGCAGGCUGUGCUUUUAGGGUGCUGCGAAGAGAAGCGGCUGCUUCAUGUGCCCGUGUCACUCUGACUAUGCUGGUCCUGGUAGCGCUGGGCAUGGUUGUUUGUCUUGCUGCAGCCACCGCUGACAGAGCUGAGAUCAGCAACAGUUCAGCAGCUGCACCACUGCUGAACUACAGCAGGAUCUCCCUGCCGCCAGAGCACGUACCCUACUUCCUCAGCAACAACAAGAAGGUCGCCAAGUUAUGCCACCUGGACCCUCACUGCCCUUUUAAAGAUGCGCUGCAGAGUCAGUCUGUCUGUUGGGGCUAUGAAAAGAACUGUGAUCCAAAAAAACGCUUCAGCUAUCCUGUUUGUACUAAAGCUGACUCCGGAUGGGUCCGUUCACUGGAUGCAGCUCAGGAACUUUUCUGGAAACAGGCUGAUUUUGGUUACGUCAAAGAGCAAAUCUCCCAACUCAAAACACUUUGCAAGUCAGGCAAGCCGGGUGACUCAUCGUUAAGAUGCAGCAGUCAUACUAGAUUCUGCAGAGCAAAAAAUCUUUACCUUGAUUUGAGGAAACCGCGCCGAGGUCAAAAGAGGUAUGAAGAGGACUUUAUUCAUGCUGGUGAGAUUGGAGGACACUGUCAACUAAACAGCCGUGCACUUGCUGCUGAAGGAGAUCACAAGAGUCCUUUGCAGUCUUGGUAUGCUGAGCUGCAGACAUUCACAGAACUGAACUUCCAUCCAAUAGAAGAUGGACAUUGUGACAUCAUUAUUGAAAAGCCGACUGUUUUUAUGAAACUUGAUGCUGGGGUGAACAUGUACCACCAUUUUUGUGACUUUGUCAAUCUCUAUAUCUCCCAGCACAUUAACAAUUCCUUCAACACAGACAUCAACAUUGUCAUGUGGGAUACGAGUUUUUAUGGUUAUGGGGACCUGUUCAGUGAAACAUGGAGAGCCUUCACAGAGUUCGACAUCAUCCACUUGAAGACUUAUGACUCUAAAAGAGUUUGUUUCAAAGAUUGCUUUUUCUCCCUUCUUCCAAGAAUGAGAUAUGGACUUUUUUACAACACACCUCUGGUCUCUGAUUGCUCCACUGAAGGAAUGUUCAGGGCUUUCUCUCAACACGUCCUGCAUCGGCUGAACAUCUUUCAGGAUGGAUUGAAGGAGGGGCGUGUUCGUGUCACCCUGCUGGCUCGCAGCACAGAAUACAGACGAAUACUUAACCAAGUGGAGCUGGUCAAUGCCCUCAAGACAGUGCCUCUGCUGGAGGUCAAUGUGGUGGACUACAAAUACAAGGACAUUCCCUUUGUGGAGCAACUGAGGAUCACACACAACUCUGACAUUUUCAUUGGGAUGCACGGAGCCGGACUCACUCACCUCCUCUUCCUCCCUGACUGGGCUGUCAUCUUUGAGCUAUAUAACUGUCAGGAUGAGAGCUGCUAUCGAGAUUUGGCUCGUCUGCGGGGCAUUCAGUAUGUGACUUGGCAGAAAAUGGACAAAAUGGUCCCACAGGACAAGGGUCAUCAUCCUACCCUCGGGGACCAUCCUAAGUUUACAAACUACUCCUUUGAUGUGAGGGAGUUCAUGCGUAUCGUGAUGGAGGCAGCCGAUUACGUCACACAUCAUCCCAAAUGGCAGCCUGGGACCCAUCAUGAUGAACUUUAGCACAUCUGCACACAUCUCCCUUUGAAUGUUUUUGGGAAGAAGCCCUAAGGCAGACCCAGAACUCGCUAAGAGGAACCAUAUAUCCUGUCCGGACUGGGAACACCUCAGAAGGAGCUGCAGAGUGUUGCUGAGGAGAGUCCAAGACCCAAACAGAUAAGCAGAAUUUAAAUGGAUCAAUGGAUAAAAAUUAUCAUAUGAAAAUGAAAAACUGAGAUCAUGAUGAACAAUAAAACUGUCAGGUAAAUUUGUAUUUAUUUAUUAUAAGUUUUUGGCAAAUUAAUGGGACAUAAUAUUCAAGAUGGCCGCCACAUUUAAUUAACCUGGCCCUGGUUUAGUCACCUUCACAUACUGAGGUAAAAUUUGGUGUGGUAGUAGGAGUAGUCAACCACAAUACACACCCUGAAGACUUUGUACAAACUUUUUAAGAAUUUGGCUUGUAGAGCAGCAGGCAAUAUUCAUUUCUUCAAAAAUUGUGACUUUUUUUUACAUUUUUAUUACGUCUUUGUAUCGCAACACUCUUAGUCGUAGAAAAAAAAACCUGGUUAAGUUUUGCUUAUCAAUCGUUUAAACCUGUAAAAAAUUACAGGUCGAGGAUGAAUCACUAUAAAAGCAAAGAAAGGGUUUUCUUUUGAUACCAGUGUUCAUGUUUGUGCGUUGUUAAGCACAACAGUAUUAAGUACUGUUAAAAAGACAAAUAAUGUAAUUCGGAAGGAACGUUUAACACUCCACACCUCUUCAUAUUGUAUUUUUUUGUUUGUUUUGUUUUGUAUUUUUAUAUUUAGACAUUUUGUUCAUUUAUUUUUCUUAUUUGAAUUUUAGUUCUGUUUAGCUUUUUUUUGAAAAGCAUGCUGAUGCUUCUUCAGGCACAAAUGAUUUUGUAUUUUACUUGAAAAGUAUCAAAAAUCAACAUCAAGAAUGUAAAAUGAUGAGGGGGCGGCUACGGUCUGCUGCAUUUCCUAAAGCCUUUUAAGUUAUUUUAUGACUGAAGCAGAAAAAAAGAAAAUAUUUUAUAUGCAACUCAAAGGAGUGGUUUUUUUUUAUUUUUUAUUAAUCCAAUGGUUUUCUGUGUCCCAGGCUUCUCAGUGGUGUUUUAAAGUGUCUUUAAAAAGUAUUCACCCCCUUGGAUGUUUUAUGCUUUUAUUGCUAAUAGAAAUCAAUAAAAAAUGUCCUGUUUCACUAAAAAAGAAAAAAAUAUAAUUUUAAUGUUAAAAUUAAAUCAAAAUUCAACAGAGUAAUAUCAAUUAAAUGAAAAAAAUUGUACUAUAAAAUACGUAAGUACAUAAAUAUUCACCCCAUUGAAAGUGUCUGUCCUAAUUCAACUCAGAGAAAUUAUGAUUAAAAGGUACAAGUCAGAGGAUGGUAAAAAAAUGAUUCCCAAGACCCUAAAUAACUUCAGACGUUCUGAUAAAUCCAUCAAGAAGAGCAGAUUAGCGUUUGGCAAACUUGUCGAUAAGAAACUAUUGUGAUUUCACUUUGACACUGAAGAUUUUUAAAAUUGUUUUAUUGUAAAGAAGACCAAUUUAUGUUGACCUUGACUGAUUUCUGACAGUAAUAAAAACUUCUAAUAUCCAGGGUUUCAUGCUUUUUAUAUGCAUUAUUUUCUUUAUUUUUUAUUUUUUUUUUUUUUACGUAUAUCACUGCUGAUCUGCUUCUGAUUUUGAUUUGCUUAAAAUUUGGGCCAUUUAAUUUCCAAGCGAAGGGAACUAUUUUGAAAUAAAGAUUUUUUUUAGAAAAAAAAA